AAAAGACUUUUAAUUUGGCGGGUGUUAUCUCAUCAUUCCAGUAGAGCGGAAGCAGACUCACCCGGAGCCACACAUUAACACAACUAGUACAAAUCUGCAAUGAGUUUUGAGUGGCCUUGGCAGUAUAAUUUUCCUCCGUUUUUUACAUUACAACCAAAUGCUGAGACGAGACAGAAGCAGUUGGCAGCAUGGUGUUCACUUGUUCUGUCAUACUGUCGCCAUCGGAAGCUCUACACACUUGACGUGCUGGAGGCGCAGGAAAGCCCUUUGUUUAACAACAAGAAAACAGAGAGGAAACUUUCAGUUGAAGCCAUACUAGUAGUUUUUGAAGAACUAAAAAAGAAAGGGAACCUGGAAUGGUUAGACAAGAAUAAAACGCGUUGUCUUAUAAUGUGGAGGAGACCAGAGGAGUGGGGCAAACUCAUUUAUCAAUGGGUUUCAAAAAAUGGCAUGGUCAACUCAGUGUUUACACUUUAUGAACUCGCUAAUGGGGAUGACACUGAAAAAGAAGAGUUUCAUGGAUUGGAGGAUUGGAUGUUGCUACGUUCACUGCAGGCCCUACAGGCUGAAGGAAAGGCAGAAAUGAUUACCAUGGAUGAUGGAAAAGGUGUCAAGUUUUUUUGAAUUAGGUUUUCUCAAUUCAGACUUUGGGAGGGGAUGUUGGGAUUCUGUCAGGCCAGCAUGUUGUUUCCUCACAAUCCACUGGGAUGGUUUUUGGACUUAUAAGACACUCCACUGCUUAACUCAAAGUGAUAAGUUGCUAUUUUGCAGAUGAGCCCAAACAAAAUAUAAAGAUCUUCCAUUUUGGAACAUGUAUAAAUUGGUGGUUUUACACCUGACAAAACUGGAGGUGAUUUAUGAGCCCAGUGAUGAAACUAAGAUAGGAUAUUUGCAUUAUGCAUAAGAAAUUCAAAAUAUCUGACAUAUAUGGCAUAAUAGAAUCUUGAUGUAGACAAACACUUUUCUUAAAUCUUAUUUUUGUGUACAGAAGUUUUUAUUUCACUCCUUUUAUUGCUGUAUAUCCUAAAGAAUUCUUGAUUUACUUGAAGAUUUGUUCUGUGUAGAGCUACAAAGCCAAAAGACUCAGUAAUAAUCUCAAACAUGGCUUUUGUGAGACCUACAAUGCUUCCUGGUAAAGAGAAAAUGUUCUUGAGUUAAUAUCUUGUUUCUGAUAGCAGUGGAAUUUGUAUCAAUGUUUUGCUAA